AUGGAUACGCUUAGCACCAAUGAGAUAGCUGAAUCCAAGGCACCCACCGACACUGGCGACCACCAGGACGACCAGGAAAACAACAAACCGGGAAUCUCCAGCGAGACUGUUCCUCCCCCUGCAAACCACGCUUUCGAGCAAUCCACAGCCACCAACGGAGAAAACCUCGAAAGAAUCAACGAAUCAAUUGAGGAAAAUGACAAGAUUGCCGCCUUAUCGCAGGAGGUGGGCUACUUGAGGCAAAUUGUGGAUUUCCAGAACAAUAAAAUUGAUAAGUUGACCUCGUUGAUCACGGAGUACUUUGAAAACAAGAACGAGGAUGCCAUCAUUAGAUCGUUACAGGCCAUACAGGACAACGUGAUAGAGGAGGACCACGUCAACGAGAUUGAUCAGGGAGUUCCUGUCCACUUGGAUGGCAAUAUGGACCCUGCGUUGCACCAGGUGGCAGUUGUGGCAGCAGCCGUCCAAGCACAGGAGAACCUGCAACAUUCCCAGGAAGCUGCUCAGCAACACAGACAGCACGAAAAAGUACACAAGAAGAUAUACGCAGCCACCAAGCGCAAGCUCGAGGAGGGCGAGGACGGACGUGAGGACGAGGACGGACGGUACGAGGGCCGGGUGGACGCCAAAAAGCCUAAAAUCACGGUAGACUUCUUGCAUAACCCCAUGUCGGUCAAGGAGAUUUACGACGAGUUUACCAAGGGGUUCAGGGGCCAGCUCCCAUUGCGGGACAUGGAUGCUAAGUACGGCAAGCACGAGUGGAGAGGUGACUCCAGGUCCAAAGAAUCCAAGAGAUUCCAGCGCAGAAAGAAGUUAUUCGAUGCGGUGGAGAGAGGGACCCUCAAGUACGGGAAACCGGCUGAAGAAAUCAUUCAGUACAUCGAAGAGUUCCGUGGUGACAAGUCGUUGACUUGGGUAAUGAACGGCAACUUGCCCCAGGAUUUAAUUAAUUAG